AUGGAUGAUUUAAUCGUCUCCCCAUCUUCAUCUUCUUCAAUGGUUUCCUUCCCUAAUACCACCAUUCCUCACCCUUCCGCUACCAUCCAUCAAAAGCUCCAAAACCUCCUUCAAAACCAAUCCCAGCCAUGGGCAUACGCCAUUUUCUGGCAGACCUUCAAUGACAGUUCUAAUGGCUGUGUCUCCUUGUCCUGGGGUGACGGCCAUUUCCAGACCAACAGUGACGUCCCACCCACCACCGUUCUUUCCGACUCAGACCCUGAUGCCGACUGCCGGAAGUCUCUUCUUUCAGAAUUCCAGGCCUUACUUGGACCUGAAAACCGCCAUGAUCCCGAAUGGUUCUAUGUUAUGUCGUUAACUACGUCAUUUACCCUGGGAGAUGGUUCGGUUCCAGGUUCGGCUCUAGGUUCAAACACUUUGAUCUGGUUAAGUGGGGUGGAUCAGCUUCGUUCUCUGAACUGUGAGAGAGCUAAAGAAGCUCGGAUCCAUGGGUUGGAGACCCUGGUUUGCAUCCCGACACCAAACGGUGUUGUGGAAAUGGGUUCGCAUCAUGUUAUCGAGGAGUCAUGGAUUUUGCCACAUCAGGUUCAGUCACUCUUUGGCCGUGGUUCUUCCAACCUCAACAACGUCGAGCAUCAGAAGAAUGUUAUUUCUUUUGCUGAUAUGUUAUUUAUGGCCGGCGGGUUGCAAGAGGAGGACGAGGGUCUGAACGUGAUAGAUUUUGAAUCAACAACAUCCGAUCACCAGAACAUCGGAAAAUUAUCCAAGAACAACGACACGGCUGCUAUGAUCACGAAUACCCAUGCAGAAACCACGUCGGAGCAUUCCGAUUCCGACUGCCAGCUGGUUCUUGCCACGAGGGAGAGGAGGAUACAUGAGAAGAAGAAAGGAAAGAAGACGAUAAAGCCAGGUGGUAGGGAUGCUCCUCCUGUUAACCACGUGGAGGCAGAACGACAGCGGCGUGAGAAGCUCAACCAACGUUUCUACGCACUGCGCUCGGUCGUCCCAACCGUGUCUAGAAUGGACAAGGCGUCCCUCCUGGCGGAUGCCGUCGACUAUAUCAACGAACUGAAAGGAAAAGUAGAGUAUCUGGAAUCUCAGUUGCAUCCACCCAUCAACCACCACCGGAAAACCAGGAAAGUGAAGAUGGAAGUUGCUGAUACUGUAGACAACCCAGUGCAGAGUAGCAGCAGUCGUAGUCUCAUGUAUCAAACUCAGCCUACAAUACAGAUUAACAAGAAGACGACGAAGAGUAACACCAGUGGUGGUUUCUGGGAAGUGGAAGUGAAAAUGGUUGGUGAGGAUGCAAUGAUAAGGGUGCAGUCGGAGAAUAGAGACUUGCCGGUGGCGAAACUGAUGGAUGCUCUGAGAGAAAUGAAGGCAGAAAUCCGGCAUGCAAGCAUGUCAUUGAUGAAUAAGAUAAUGCUUCAAGAUGUGGUGGUUAGGAUCCCCGGUGCCAUUGAUGAAGAUGAACUCAAAACGGAUCUGCUUCGGAGAUUAGACAGCUAA